AUGCAGUGCACUCUGUUUUUUAUCAGCAAAGUGUAUAUUACAUUUGAAGCUUACACGUUACCACGAAAGGAUAAAUCUUUAUAUGCUUAUAAAUAUUUAAACAAAAACAUUGUUUACGUACAAAGUCAUUGGUCAUGCACUUUAUCAACAGCUGUGAACAAUCGCUUGACAUGUAUUAAUCAAAUAGCAUUGGGUGGUGGAUGUUCUCCAGCCAAUGACGAACUUCUCUCUUACUUACUAACUAUUGUUUCUUGUCGUCAAAUUACUUCCCUUACAAUUGAUGAUCCAUUCGAUUUAUGUCAACUACGUUUGCUCUUAUCAAAAAUGAUUCAUUUACGUACUCUAGAGCUUUUUUAUCACUUCAAUUAUGAUUUAGAUGAUGAAAGAAACAAGCAAAAUGUAAUCAAACUUUUCAAUGAUAUUUUGUUAUGCAAUAUACUCAUGUCAAAUGGAUUGAAAAAACUACAUUUUUAUACGGAUUGGGAAUAUCCAGAUAUGAUAGGUAUUGUUUCUUUAAUUGUGAAACAAUUGCCACAUCUGGAAAUCAUCGAAAUAAACUGUCAUAAUAGUAGUCACAUUCCUGAAAUAUUACAUAUACUAAUAAAUGGUCUUCCACAAUUGAAUUUUAUCGUUUUUCAUGGGUGGUUGACUGGUGAAAAUGAACAGGAGUCAAAAAUGCGCGAUCUUCCGAACCAUUGUAAACGUGCAUAUCGAAUGGAGAAUCUUCGAGAAGUUGCUGAUGCCACAAUACUUCAAGUAUGGCUUCAAUAA